AUGCAUUCUCUCCUCACUCGACGGGUUUUAGCUCUAGGAAAUGGUAGGUGAAACUGGCCAAUGUUUGAUCGCUGUUAUCAUGCUCCCGCCCGCAGUCGGCAAUUUCCCCGAUACGCAGAGAGAUUGUCUGAUUUCGGCCGUCUGAUGACAUCUGCAAGACACUUCAGUGUAUUAAAACUGGCCAGUUUUUGCGUGCGAAGUGAGAUCAAAAGUUAGCCACCUCAAUGUCAUCGAAACUUGCCACUCUUUUCCUUUCUCACCAAACUACUUCCCUUUCCAGAUUCAUUCCAUCGUUUCUCCACUAAAAUGACUCUCGUUUCGGCCUCUACUGACCUACUCGAUACGGUAAUCGCCGCUUUCCAAAUCGUUUCAACAAUGCGUAUUCCAGCCAUCGGCGUACACUCAGAAAUCUAACAAAACUCACAAAAGCAUCGACUUGCGAUCGGAUACGGUCACGAUUCCGUCCGAUGAAAUGCGCAGAGCCAUGGCGGAAGCGAUUGUCGGCGAUGAUGUUUACGGAGAAGACGUGACGACGACGAGACUCGAGCAGAGAUGUGCGGAGCUAUUCGGAAAGGAAGCCGGUCUGUUCGUUGUGAGUGGAACAAUGGGAAAUCUUCUGGCGGUCAUGGCUCACUGCCAACGCGGCGAAGAGAUCAUCGUCGGACGGUACAACCACAUCCACCGCUGGGAACAGGGCAAUUAUGCCCAGAUUGCCGGUGAGCAACCUAUGCUCCCGUCGAUCCUCAACGUUAAGUUUUCAGGAAUUUCGGCGACGACUCUGGAAGUGAAGCCAGAUGGAACGAUGGAUUUGGAGGAUAUUGAGCAGGCGAUCCGUGUUAAGGGGGGUUACGUUGAAGUGAGAGAUGAGAGUUGUGACGAGGAAGUGACGAGUAUACCUGUAAGAUUUAGAAAUGUUUCGGGUUAAGGUUGAGGGUGAAGUGAGAGAGAAUCUCGAGUGGACAAAGUAAGAAAGGGAGAGAGGCGGUGGCUCUCUCCUUUUGCAGUUUCUCAGAAAACAUAAUAAUUUUAGGACUGUCACAUGCCCGUCUCGAAGCUUAUCUGCAUUGAGAAUACCCACAACUACUCGGGCGGAAAGGCUCUUCCGAUCGAAUGGAUGAGGUGAGAAUUACGUUGUCGAAGUAUGUACGAUGGUUUUGUUUCAGAUCUGUGAAGCAACUAGCCGAGCGUCGUGGUCUGAAGGUGCACAUGGACGGAGCUAGAAUCUACAACGCUGCGAUCGCCUCGAAUACGUCCGUCAAGCACAUUUCCUCGUUCGCUGAUACUGUGCAAAUGUGCUUCUCGAAAGGACUCGGCGCCCCAGUCGGAUCCAUUGUCGUCGGACCAAAGGACUUUAUCGAUCGUGCGAGACACAGCCGGAAAGCGUUGGGCGGAGGAUGGAGACAGAGCGGAGUGCUGGCUGCUGCCGCCCAUGUGGCACUUGAUCACGCCGAGUGUACCAUCCGGGCAGACCAUCUGAGAGCUAAGAAACUGGCGAAAUUGCUCAACGACGCGACUCCAGACGCCCUCAAAACGGUUUGAAAUCAACAACCUUGCGAAUAUGUUCAGAAAUUUUCAGAAAGUGUACGCAAAAGAAAACGACAUCACCAACAUGGUUCUGGUGCACUGCGAGAACGGAAUCACUGUGCAGCAGGUUCUAUAACUCCUUGCGGUAUCAUUUCCAAAGUUUCAUUUCCAGCUGAACGAUUUCUUCCAAAAACACGACGUUCUGGCGAUGACUUUCGACGCGAAACGUAUUCGAAUGGUGCUCAACUGGAACGUCGACGACGAAAACCUUGAGACGAUCGCUCAAGUUUACAAGAAAUUCGUAGAACAAUUGUGA